CCUGUUGGAGACCCACCUUCUGGUGCAAAACCGACUGGACAGGCUCUAGUUACACAACCAAGAGCAAGAAAGUUGGUUGGGCCUGGACUCAUAAAUACCUCCAGCAGCUCUUUUGGUUUCCCAAUGAGCUACCUAGUGAGGACUGUCAUUGGGAGGCUUGCUGCGUCCCCACGACCUCAACAUCAGCACGUGCGAAUCUUGUUUUCCCGAGCAUAUUCCGGCAUGGCGUUCCGUGAAGAGAAGGAUACGUUUGGGCCCAUCCAGGUCCCUGCCGACAAAUACUGGGGAGCGCAAACCCAGAGAUCCCUUCAGAACUUUGAGAUCGGAGGAGAGAGGGAGAGGAUGCCUGAUCAGAUCGUGAAGGCAUUCGGAAUCCUGAAAAAGGCUUGCGCUCAGGUCAAUCUGGGAUACGGUUUGGACCCGAAGAUCGGAAAUGCAAUCAUUCAGGCCUCGCAGGAGGUUGCAGAGGGAAAGCUUAUGGACCAGUUCCCCCUAGUCAUCUGGCAGACUGGUAGCGGAACUCAGUCGAACAUGAACGCCAACGAGGUCAUUGCGAACCGUGCCGCCGAGAUUUUGGGAUCCAAGCUUGGCGACAAGGGCAUUGUUCACCCGAAUGACCACGUGAACAUGAGUCAGUCUUCCAACGAUACGUUCCCCACUGUGAUGCACAUCGCUGCUGUUGUGGAGGCGCACUCAAAUCUGAUUCCGCACCUUCGGUCCCUUUAUGAUGCCGUUGCUGAGAAGGCUGAGGAAUUUAAGGACAUUGUCAAGAUUGGCCGCACUCACACUCAGGACGCAACGCCGCUAACUCUUGGACAGGAAUUCAGUGGCUACGCCACGCAGAUCAAGUAUGGCAUUCGACGUAUCGAGGAUACUCUCCCUCGCCUGUACCAGCUCGCACAAGGAGGAACUGCUGUCGGCACUGGUCUCAACACCAAGUUGGGGUUUGACGUGAAGGUGGCUGCGGCUGUUGCUGAGGACACCAAGCUGCCGUUCAUCACUGCAGAAAACAAGUUUGAGGCACUGGCCGCUCAUGAUGCGCUUGUGGAGUCAAGCGGGGCGCUCAACACAGUGGCCGUGUCCCUUAUGAAGAUUGCGAAUGACAUUCGCUUCCUUGGCAGUGGGCCUCGGUGUGGGCUUGGUGAGCUUUUCCUGCCAGAGAAUGAGCCAGGCAGCAGCAUCAUGCCUGGCAAGGUCAACCCAACACAGUGUGAGGCACUCACGAUGGUGUGCGCUCAGGUGAUGGGCAACCAUGUUGCUGUCUCUAUUGGAGGUUCCAAUGGUCAUUUUGAGCUCAAUGUCUUCAAACCACUUAUGGCUGCAAAUCUGCUCCAGUCCAUGCGUCUUCUGGGUGAUGCCGCUCUUUCCUUCAAGAAGAACUGUGUUGUUGGAAUUGUUGCAAACCGAGCUCGUAUCUCUGACAUCAUGAAGCAGUCGCUGAUGCUUGUUACUGCAUUGAACCCACACAUUGGAUACGACAAGGCAGCUGCUGUUGCCAAGAAAGCUCACAAAGAAGGAACUACCCUCAAGGAAGCGGCCAUUGCCCUCGGAGUGAUUACACCAGAGAAGUUCGAUGAAGUGGUGGUCCCAGAGAAGAUGCUUGGUCCGUCAUAGAUCAUCUCAAGAGUGUUCCACAAGAGCUUGGUUGUCGCAUAUGUUUGGAUGUGUUGAAAUUCUGUUUAGUAUACAGCUGCAUUAAUGUUCAGCAGGGCUGUAGCAUUUGGUGCAGUCAUAUACUACAGUUGUGACAUGCAAUUUUGUUCACCCAAGGCAGCUGCUGGUGCUGAAAGACACACUGAAGCAACCGCUUGAGAGAAAUGAAACUCUACUAGCAAA